GGUUUAUAGAAUGCGUCGAUGGGCACAGCCCAUUCGCUUGCGAUGGAUCCAUGAGGCUGCGUCUCUCCCUGGCGAUGGCCUCCAAUCCACAAUUGACCAGGCCGCCGCGAUUCGAAAGGAGAGGACCAAGAUCUCCAUGCUCAUCGCCACGCUCAAGGGCUGCGCCAUGUCCAGGGACUUGCAAAGGGCGAGGAGAGCACACGCGGAGAUGGAGGCUUCCGGGAUUGGUGAUUCAGCGAAGAAAUGCUCGGUGGUCGCGAACACGAUGAUCGAUAUGUACGCCAAGUGUGGCAGCAUGGUGGAAGCGCAGCGAGCAUUCGACGAGAUGGAGAGCCACGACGUGAUCGCCUGGACAGCGCUCAUCAAUGGCUACGUAGACAACGAUGAGCCAGAGCUCGCGAUCAAGCUCUUCUCGAGUUUCAGGACUUCUUCCGGGAUUCGUCUAGAUGCCGCGAGCUACCUGGCUGGAUUGAGAGCUUGCUCGAGCCUGGCUGCUAGAGAGCCUGGGAAGAAGCUGGCCGAUGGAAGGAUCGUGAAAGUUAGAGCUCUGGAGAAGGGGAUGGAGGUCCAUGACGGGGCUGUGAAGGAUGGAUGCUCGAGCUUGUUCUUGGCGAGCGCUCUCGUCACCUUCUACUCCAAGUGUGGGAGCUUGGGCGACGCUCGGAGAGUUUUCGCGAGCAUGCCUCAGCACGAUCUGGUCUCUUGCAACGCUUUGAUGCUGGUGCUUGCCGAAAAUGGAGAAGAAGUCGCGGCUAUGGAUUUGCUGAAAGGAUUGGAACAAAGAGGCUGCGUUUCAAACGCUAGAACUUUCCUGGCGGCGCUCAAGGCUUGCACGAAUCUGGCCGAGAAGGAAACCGGCGAGCAGAUCGACGGGAGAGUCGUGAAAGUUUUGAGCCUCGAUAGAGGAAGAGAGGUCCACCGCAAGGCCGAGAUGAUCCUCGGCAGGGAGAUGACCACCUUCGUCUCCAACACGGUGGUGGAUAUGUACUGCAAGUGUGGGAGCGUGAUCGAUGCUCGGGGUGUCUUCGAGAGGAUGGCUUCGAGAAGUUUGGUCUCAUGGAACGCUCUCAUCCUCGGCUACGCCGAGAACGGCCAUGGCGAUGCCGCCCUUGAGCUCUUCUCGCGCAUGAAGCUCGAAGGAUACGCUCCAGACGCAAGAACUUUCGCCGCGGGGCUCAAAGCUUGCGAGAUCCUCGUAGCUCUCGACGCGGGGAAGAAGAUAUACGCGGAAGUUUGCCGGACUGGUUUGGAAAACGAGGCAGGGCUCGCGAGCUGCGUGCUUGAUUUCCACUCUCGCUGUGGAAGCAUGGAUGAAUCACACCGGAUCUUUGAGUCACUCUCGUCCCGAGACUCGGUAACUUGGACGGCGCUUCUCUUUGGCUAUGGCCGCCAGGGCGAUACCAAAGGAGUGUUUGAUCUCUUCCAUGGAAUGGUGGACGAGGGGUUGGAAGUUGACGGGAUCACGCUGCUGUGCAUACUCAGCGCUUGCAGCCACGCUGGUUUAGUGGAGACUGGCGAGGCUUGGUUUGGAUCGAUGAGCUCCAAGUUUGCGGUCACUCCAAGCAUCGAGCACUACCACUGCAUGGUUGAUAUCCGCGGCAGAGCAAACCGGCUGGACGACGCUCUCGCUUUGAUCCAAGCCAUGCCUUUCGAGCCAAGCACGGUGACUUGGAGGACGCUCCUGGCGGCGUGUAAGAAGUGGAAAAAUGUGGCCGUGGGAAGGAUCGCGUUUGAGAGCUUGAUUCGGUUGGAUCGGCGAGACACGGCGGUCUAUCUCUUGAUGUCGAGCUUGUACGCGGGCACAGGGAUGUGGAGCGAGCAGCUUCGAGUGGAGUGGCUCCGGAGGGAUUGCGGCGACUGGAAACAAGCUGGGCGAUGCUGGUGGAGCGACAGAUCUGGUAUAGUUCACUGCUUCAUGGCCGGGGAUCUCGAGAACCAUCCCCAAAGUCUGGAGAUCGCGGCGAAGUUGCGGGAUGUUCUUCGGGGUUUCGAGGGUGGCGGUGGCGAGAAGAUGGCGUCGCUGUGCGGGCACUGCGAGAGGAUCGCUGUGGCUUGCGCGCUCGUCAACACGGCUCCUGGCACGACGAUCCGGAUCAGUAAGAAUCUGAGAGUUUGCGACGAGUGUCAUGAAGUUCUUGGGUUUAUCUCGAGGGUGGAGGGGCGGAGCAUCGUCUGCCGGGACGCAAGCAGGCUCCAUGUUUACAGGGAUGGAACUUGCUCCUGUGGUGAGUACUGGUAGAAAUUUCACACUCUUGCCAAAGUGAUUCAUCCGGGAUGAAGAGCUUGAAUGGUAUUAUUCGCUGCCAGCAGAACAUAUGCAGCUUCUCCGGUUGGAAACAUGGAGAUCGCUUGUUUCGCAGCC